AUCUCAAAAUUUUCUAUUUAGAAAUACGGGCAACACAGCAGGCAAGCAUGGAGAACAAGCUAUCCUCAGUUGCAAAGACCUUUACUCCUUCGCCCAUUCAAGAAUUGUCCCAGUUAGCUCAAAGAUGCAACGCUAUCAACCUUGCCGAAGGCGUCCCCGACUUCCCGGCUCCAACCCACGUGAAAGAGGCCGCCGUUUCCGCCAUCAAUUCAGACUUCAACCAGUACAGGCAUGUGCAAGGAAUUUGUGAGCAUUUGGCGAAAAAUACGAAAGAAAUGCAUGGUUUUGAUGUUGACCCCAAGACUGACAUAGCCAUUUGUUGUGGCCAAACUGAGGCAUUUGCUGCUGCAGUGUUUGCUGUGGUAGAGCCAGGGGAUGAAGUUUUGCUGUUUGACCCUUCAUAUGAAACAUACGAGGCGAGCAUUAGAAUAGCUGGAGGCAUCCCUGUAAGCUUCUGGUUGUCAAUCAGUAUAUGUGGGACUGAAGCCUCCUUAUUGGACUCUGGAUUCAGAGAAAUUCAUGGGGUCUUUUACUGGCAGAACAAAAGCUGUGAUAUUAAACAGUGGAACAGUCCUCACAAUCCAACUGGGAAAGUUUUCACAAAAGAUGAGCUUGAGAUCAUUGCAGGAGCUUGUUGCAGAAGGGAUUGCCUAGCUAUAACAGAUGAAGUGUACGAACAUAUAACAUAUGACAACAGAAAACAUAUAUCUCUUGCCUCGCUUCCAGGAAUGCAAAAGCGGACUAUUAUUACUUCAUCCUUAUCAAAAACUUAUAGUGUCACAGGAUGGAGGAUUGGGUGGGCAAUUGCUCCAGCUUUCUUUGCGUCUGCAAUUAGAAACAUUCAUAUUAGACUCACUGAUUCUGCUCCAGCACCUUUCCAAGAAGCAGCCUUGAGCGCCUUAAGAAGCCCACCAGAAUAUUAUGAAUCGUUGAGAAGAGAUUAUGAAUCAAAAAGAGAUUACAUUGUGAAGUUCCUGGCUGAGACUGGUUUUCAGAUUCAAUUCAAGCCUCAGGGUUCGUUCUUUUUAUUUGCAGAGCUUCCUAAACAUUCCUCACUUUCUGAUGUGGAAUAUGUAAAGGAAAUAAUAGAACAAGCAGGGGUGGUUGCUGUACCAGGUUGUGGAUUCUUUCACUCAAAUUUAUCUGUGGAGAGAUCAUGUGAAAUAAGUUGUAACUACAGGAAGAGGUACAUCAGGUUUGCUUUCUGCAAAAGCAGUUCUACAUUGGCUGCUGCAGCAGAAAAUCUGGGAAAGCUUCAGAUGCUACAGGGUGUUCCAGGCCAUGUUGACAGUAGGAGCUAGUAAGCCAACAACAACAAGAACAUGAUAUUCCACUGAUCCAAAAUGGAGGCUUACAAAACGCCACCGUCUUUUGCUCCUUUUAUUGUGAUUGGGUAAGCUAAAAUAAGAAAGUGUUAUGUUUGUUACUAUCAUAGCUAAUGGGAAGGUGAAAAGCGUGAACAAGCAACGUAAUGAAAAAUUUCAUGCGGCCCACGCGGUAAGUUUCUUAGAGCGUUGGAUAUAAUUUGUUGAGUUUAAUGAUAUUUGGAAAAAUUAUUAUUAUGUCCCUCUAUUAUGAUCAAACACACUAAUCGAUCCCUGCUUUUUUCAAAUUACAUGAUUACAUCCCCUAA